AUGACAAUAAAACAUCAAGAUCAAUUCGAAUCUUGGAUUUUAGAAUUGCGAGAAAUAGUCAGAGAAAGCAAGAAUUCUCUCUAUUUCGUAGAUUCGUGGGCUCAAUUCAAUUCUGCGGUAUCUUGUAUUCACGUUUUUUUCCACCAAGAGAGUUUGAUAAAACUCUUAGACUUCCGAAUCUGGAGUAUCCUAUUUUCACGCAAUUCACAGAGAAAUCUAUAUUUCAUGAUCAAGAAUGUAGUCCUUUUUGUAGUUAUUUAUCGUAUUAGCAAUCGAAAGAUGAUCGAAACAAAAAAUAUCUAUUUGACAAGGCUGCUUCCUAUACCAAUGAAUUCCAUUGCACCCGGCAAUAAUACAUUGGAAGACUCAAAAGAUUCGUUCAAUAUCAAUAGGUUGAUUGUUCCACUGCUGUAUGGUCCAAAAGGAAAAAACAUUUCUGAGAGAUCUAGAAGAGCCGAUUGUUCUUUUUUCUCUGACAGAUGGUUAGACCUUCUUCUUCUUCGUCUGGAUUUGAAUCCUGCUGAGAGGUCGACUCGAGAGCAGAAAUUAUUUAAGAAAGAGGAAGGUGUUUCUUUUGUUCUUUCGAGGCGAUCGGAAAGGAAAGAAACAGUCAAUCUAUUCAAAAUCCUUCGAUAUUUACAAAAUACUGUUUCAAUUCAUCCUAUUUCACCCGAUCCAGAAUGUGAUAGGGUUACGAAGGAUGAACUUUUGACAGUUCAAAAUUUUGAAUCAGAAGAAGGAUUUCAAGAAAUGGCAAAUUUAUUCAAUCUAUCAAUAACUAAGCCGGAUCUAAUGUAUCCUGAGGGAUUUUCUAUUGAUUAUUCUGUAUUGGAUCCAAAACUCUUCUUUCUUUUCUCACUUAGGAGCCGUGCGAAACAAUCCGCAAACGAGGUAUGCAACUCUAGGGAUGAAUCAAAAAAGAAAUCUUUAUUGGUUCUACCUCCUCUUUUUUACGAAGAGAAUGAUGAAUCUUUUUAUGCAAGGAUCAUCCAAAAAUGGGUCCAGACCUCUUGCCGAAAUGAUUUUCAAGACGCAAAACCAAGAAUAGUGCUGUUUACUAGCAACCGGUCAGUCAAUCAAUAUGGAUUAAUCAAAAAUCUGAUUCAAAUUCAAUAUAAUACCUACGGGUACAUAAGAAAUCUCUGGAAUCAAUUCAAUCGCAACUUGGAAUAUGGAAUUCAAAGGUAUCAAAUACAAAAUGAUAUUGUGAAUCAUAGACCUAGAAGGAAAUACACGAUCAACCAACAUUUCUCAAAUUUGAAAAAGAGUCAGAAGAAUUGUCUAACCGAGAGAUCCAUGAAUAAGGAUCGAAUAUAUAAAUACAAAUGGUCCAAUGGGAGCAAGAAUUUCCAGGAAUAUUUGGACCGUUUCAUUUCGGAGCAGAAUAGCCGUUUUCAAGUAGUGUUCGACAAUGCAUAUUCGCUUGAUUGGUCUGAGGUUAUCCGCAAAAAAGAUUUGUCUAAGUCACUUUGUUUCUUUUUUUCCAAGUUUCUUCCUUUUUUCUUUGUGAGUUUGGGGAGUAUCCCUGUUCAUAGGUCCGACAUCCACCUGGAUGAAUUGAAACGUCCGAACGAUCCACUCGGGAAUCGGUUGUUAGAAUCAAUAGGUCUUCAAAUCGUUCAUUUGAAAAAAAGGAAACCCUUCUUAUUGGAUGACUAUUAUACUUCCCAAAAAUCAAAAUUAUUGAUCAAUGAAGGAACAAUUUCUAACACGGCUUCCUAUUUCUCACCGAUAUCCCACGAUCAAGACAAUUGGCUGAAUCCCGUGAAACCGUUUCAUAGAAGUUCAUUGAUAUCCUCUUUUUAUAAAGUAAAUCGACUUCGAUUCUUGAAUAAUCAAUAUAACUUCUGUUUCAAUUGGAACAAAAGAUUCUCUUUUUAUGCGGAAAGGUCCUGGAAUUUUAAUUUUACCUAUGGACAAUUCCUCAACAUCUUGUUCAUUCAAAACAAAAAAUUUUCUUUGUGCGACGGUAAAAAAAAACAUGCUUUUUUGGACAGAGAUACUAUUUCACAGGUAUCUAACAUAUUGAUAGCUAACGAUUUUCCGCAAAGUGGUGAUGGCGGAUAUAACUUGGACAAAUCUUUCCAUUUUCCAACUCGAUCCGAUCCAUUCGUUCGUAGAGCUAUUUACUCGAUCGCAGACAUUUCUGGAACACCUUUAACAGAGGAAGAGAUUGUGAAUUUUGAAAGAACUAACUGUCAACCUCUUUGCGAUAUGAAUCUGCCUGAUUCAGAGGGGAAGAACUUGCAUCAGUAUCUCAAUUUCGAUUCAAACAUGGGUUUGAUUCACACUCCAUAUUCUGAGAAAUAUUUACCAUCCGAAAAGAGGAAAAAACAUAGUUCUUGUCUAAAAAAAUCCCUUGAAAAAGGGCAGAUGUAUAGAAAUAGAAAAUUUCAAAGAAAAACUCUCUACAAAUGGAAGAGAUUCCGACGGUAUAUCAUACCUUGGUUUCUUACCGGGACAGCGCACAAAUAUCUCAAUUUAAUAUUGAGAGAGACUUUUUCAGAUCUAUUGGUGAUACUAAGGAGGAGUCCUAAAUUUCAAAAAUUUGUCUCCAUUUUUCAUGAAAUUAUCCAUAGGCGUGGAUUCGAGCGAAUUCUUCGUAAAAAGUGGAGUCUUUCACAACGCAAUCCUAUACGUGAGAUUUCGAGUAAGUCUUUACAUAAUUUUCUUGUAUACAGCACAAAAUUUUUUAACCCAAAUAAUGAGUCAGCAUUGAUAUCGACGCGUUUGAGAUGUCUAAAUAUUGGGGAGUUCCUCUUUUCAAUCCUUCUCCUUCUUCUUGUUACUAGAUAUCUCGUUCAUACACUUUCAUUUGUUUCUCAAUUCAAUGAGUUACAGAAAGAGUUCGAACAGGUCAAAUCUUUCAUGAUUCCUUCCUACAUGAUUGAGUUUCGAAAACUUGUGGAUAGGUAUCCUCCAUCGGAACUGAAUUCUUUCGGGUUAAAAAAUAUCUUUCUAGUCGCUCGGGAACAAUUAAGAAAUUUUCUAGAAGAAAGACGAGGUUCGGCUUCUGGCGGCAACAUGCUAAGGGGUGGUGGUCCCGCUUAUGGAGUCAAAGAUCUCAUAAGUAUUAUACCAAAUCCCGCCAAUCGAAUCAAGUUUUUGAUAAAUACGAGACAUUUUAGUCAUACAAGUAAAGCGUUUUAUUCCUUGGUAAGAAGAAAAAGAAAAAAUGUGAAUAGUGAUUGGAUUUUUGAUAAAAUAGAAUCCUGGAUCAUGAAGACUGAUUUCAUUGCUGAUAAAGAAAAAGAAUUCUUGUUUCAGUUCUCUACCGUAACAACAGAAAAAAGGAUUGAUCAAAUUUUAUUGAGUCUGACGAAUAGUGAUCAUUUAUCAAAAAAUAAUUGUGGUUAUCAAAUGAUGGAGCAACCGGGAAUAAUUUAUUUACGAUAUUUAAUUGACAUUCAGAAAAAAGAUCUAAUGACUUAUGAGUUCAAUCCAUUCUGCUUAGCAGAAAGACGGAUAUUCCUCGCUCAUUGUCAGACAAUCGCUUAUUUAGAAAACCUGCGUGGGGCUAGUAGUUUUGGUUUCCCAUCUCGUGGGAAACCCUUUUCGCUCCGCUUACCCUUAUCCCCUCCUAAGGGUAUUUUAGUGAUAGGUUCGAUAGGAACUGGACGAUCUUAUUUGGUCAGAUAUUUAUCGACAAACUCCUAUGUUCCUUUCAUUACAGUUUUUCUAAACGAGUUUCUGGAUAACUUUCCAAAGGGUUUGGAGCUUGACUAUGAUAAUGAUGAGGAUGGUGUUUUUGAUGAGAGAGAGGGUACCAUUUACAGUCUUUUACCUAGUUUUGAGGAUAGUUGCUAUAAUGUCAAUAAGUUUCGUAGUGAAGAUCUCGACUGUAACUUUGACUUUGAUAGGGAAUUGGACUUUCUAAGUACGCAGGAUCCGAUACUUAAGGAUACCAUACACGAGUGGGAACUAAAGCGAUUUUUUCUCGAUCUUCAAUUCGAAUUAGCAAAAGCAAUGUCUCCUUGCAUAAUUUGGAUUCCAGACAUUCAUGAUCUGGAUUCGAGUGACUUAUCCGUGGGUCUAUUGGCGAACUCUCUGGAGUCUGAAAAAUCUUCUACUAAUCUUAUUAUAGCUUCGACUCAUAUUCCCAAAAAAGUAGAUCCGGCUCUAAUAGCCCCGAAUAAAUUAAGUACAUGCAUUAAGAUACGAAAGCUUCUUAUUCCACAACAAAGAAAGCACUUUUUCACUCUUUCAUCUAGUAAGGGCUUUCACUUGGAAAAGAAAAUGUUACAUACUAAUGGAUUCGGGUCCAUAACUCUGGGUUCUACUGUACAAGAUCUUGUAGCACUUAGCAACGAGGCGCUAUCAAUUAGUAUUAUACAAAAGAAAUCCAUUUUAGACAAUAAUAUAAUUAGAUGUGCUCUUCAUAGAAAAACUUGGGAUUUUAGAUCUCAGAUAAGAUCGGUUCAGGAUCAUGGGAUCCUUUUCUAUCAGAUAGGAAGGGCUGUUUCACAAAAUCUACUUCUAAGUAAUUGCUCUAUAGAUCCUAUAUCUAUCUAUAUGAAGAAGAAAUCAUGUAACGGGGGGGAUUCUUUUUUGUACAGAUGGUACUACGAACUUGGAACAAGCAUGAAGAAAUUAACGAUACUUCUCUAUCUUUUGAGCUGUUCCGCCGGAUCGGUCGCUCAAGACCUUUGGUCUCUACCCGGCCCUAAUGAAAAAAAUGAUGGGAUCACUUCGUAUAAACUCCUUGAGAAUGAUUCUGAUCUAGUUCAUGGCCUAUUAGAAGUAGAAGGUGCUCUGGUGGGAUCCUCACAGACAGGAAGUAAGUUUGAUAAUGAUGGAGUGACAUUGCUUCUUCGCACCGAACGAAGGAAUCCCUUAACUAUGAUUCAAAAUGGAUCUCGUUCUAUCCUUGAUCAGAGAUUUCGCUAUGAAAAAUAUGAAUCGGGGUUCGAAGAAGGGGAAGGAGUCCUCGACCCGCAGGAAGAUUUAUUCAAUCACAUAGUUUGGGCCCCUAGAAGAUGGCGCCCUUGGGGCUUUCUAUUUGAUUGUCUUGAAAGGUCCAAUGAAUUGGGAUUUCCCUACUGGAAAAGGUCAUUUCGGGACAAGGAGAUCAUUUAUGAUGAAGAGGAUGAGCUUCAAGAGAAUGAUUCAGAGUUCUUGCAGGAUGGAACCAUGCAGUACGAGAGACGAUAUAGAUCUUCCCAAGCCCAAGAACAAGGCUUUUUUCAAAUAAGCCAAUUCAUUUGGGCCCCCGAGGAUCCACUCUUUUUGCUAUUCCAAGAUGAUCCUCUUGUAUCUGUGUUUUUACGUCGAGAAUUUUUUGCAGAUGAAGAGAUAUCAAGGAUCCUUUUCACUUGCCAAACAAAACAAAUUUAUUGGAAAUAUCAAAAUAAACGCUGGUUUAGGAAGAAUACGCAAGAGCAAGAAAAGAAUUUCGAAUUGUUGAUUGAUCGCCAGAGAUGGUUUCGAACCAAUAGUUCAUUAUCAAAUGGAUUUUCACAUUCUAAAACUCUAUCCGAGAGUUAUCAAUAUUUAUCAAAUCUAUUCCUGUCUAACGGAACCCUCGUGGCUCAAAUGACAAAGACAUUGUUGAGAAAAAGAUGGCUUUUCCCGGACGAGAUGGUUCUUAGUAUCUGUGCUAAUAAUGAAUGA